AUGCUACGGAUGAGGAAUCACAACUUUUUGUUCACGGAGCUGUGUUCUCUGUUAUUGACUAGCGUGAAGCAAAUUCAUCUUUGGGAGGGUUAUAAGUUUCUGCCAAAUUUGAGAAACAUGGAGCUAUAUGGUUUUGAAAAGCUAGUCGUCACACCAGAUUUUGAUGGGCUUCCAAAUCUUGAAACGUUCACGAUUUACAGAUGUGAUUGUUUAGAAGAGGUUCAUCCAUCUAUUGCACGCUUGGAAAGGCUUGUUCUCUUGUGUAUAAGGGGUGGUUACUGUCUUAAGAAGUUCCCGCCCAUUACUCGACUGAAUAAGCUGGAGACCCUUACAUUCGUUGCUUGCCCGACACUACUAUUUAAGAUUUCAGACACCCAACAACAAAAUAUGGAUGAUAAUAGUGGGAAAGAGGUUGCAUCCUAUAAAAAAACUUUUACAAACUCUUGUGUUACUUGUUGGACGUGUGGUUGCAGCAAUCUUGGUGGUUUACAAUGUUGCUUAGAGGAGCCUUGUUUACUUCCCAACAACAUAGGGUUACGGUUUCUGUAUAGAAGCUUAAGAGAGUUGGAUCUCGGCCAGUGCGAAUUAGGAGAUGAAUACAUUGGCUCUUGUGUUUGGGAGUUACCCAACUUACAAGAACUCAGUUUAGCAGCAAAUAAUUUUUCAAGAUUGAAUUUUAGUCUCUUGAAACUUCCUCGGCUCAAAUGGCUAAACCUGGCAGCCUGCUUCAAUCUUGUGGAAUUGUCAGGGCUCCCAUCAAGUAUAGCUGUUGUUAUAGCGAAUGGUUGUAGCUCACUGGAAAGCUUUGGAGAUAUUUCAAACUGUAAAUGGUUGUGGAAGGUCUCACUUCAGUACUGGGAUAAGACACUUGGUGGUGACAUAUUACUAGACUCCAUGCUCCGGGGAAACGCUGUUAUGGAUCACUUUAUCAGCGUCGUUUUAUCAGGGAAAUGUCUUUUACAAAAUCAGAUUAUUCCAAAGGGGUUUGUAGUUGGGGGAAAAACAUGUGAACUGCAUCUUCCAGAUGGUUGGUAUAAUGACUUUUGUGGGUUCUUAGUAUGCAUAGUCACCGACAUCGAAUGUCCCAGAAUUACUAUAAUAAUCAAGCGAGACGUAGACGGAGAAGAUUCUCGAUUCGACUUUUGGCAGGAGUCUAAUGAAGCACUGGAGCCUGAAUAUAUCAAAACAACAACAUACAUAGGAUAUGUCUCCUUUAAUUCAUUGAAGCACAUCACGUGGUCAACUUCAUCAUACAACAUCAUUUCUUUUUCAUUAGAAGAAACGUAUCGGAAUCCACUUGCAAUUAAGAGUUAUGUUGGAGCUGUGCUCGUUCCUAAGAAAAGUAAAGGUGAUCAGGUGCAAACAACAGAUUUCUCUGAAUUUUGGUACACGGGACGCGAACAUAGAAAGACAUUUAGUAUCCAGCAUGAUUCACAGCCAUCUAUAAAGAUCUUGUGGCAUCCUUUCUACUAGCACUGACAAAUCCAUUCCCACACAUCUAUGGACUAAUAUGCUAGCUGGUAGCUAGCCCAGGGGUCUCAAAUUUGUUUAUUCGUAUUGCAUUAUUGUCAUUAAAUGAUGAGUGAUUGUUAAUAUAAAUUGAUUAUUUUUCAUUUAUUAUUGUCUGUCCCUUGUUGCAAUUCUUUAUUUCUUUGUAUAGCAAAUUGUAAAUUUCUUUAAUAUAUAUAUUGCUCCGAUGCCCACGUAUUGGGUCAGGGGUUUUUCAAUUA